AUGUUCGCCGACAUACAAAAGACUCCAACAUCAGAUGAAAAUAUUCAGCAUAGAAUGGAAGAACUGAAAGAAAGUGUACGCAAAUACAACAAUCCUUUUUACUUACGACCAUAUAACGUUCAAUCUUUGGCUGAACUCGGUGAAAAUAAAAGGUUAAAUUUCACCAAAACAUAUAGAAAUGAAACAUUGUUUAAAGUUCAUUCAGAACCUAGCCAAUAUGGAAACAAACCUACUUUUGUUUCUGCAGACUAUGGAACUACAAUGAGAUGGGGUCAUAAAGCUAAUCCGGAUAGGUGGUUCAUAAACUUACAACCACAAUUCCAAGAAGUUGUAGACGCAAUGGAAGUGAAUGGUGAACCAGAUAUAGCUGGUAUUUUCAGCGCGGCUUUAAUGCCAUUGAAAGAUAUGAAACAUGCAGAUAUUUUGGACCAGUAUGAAAUGAACAUGGCUGAUGGAAAUAUAACACCUGACGUUCUAGAACAUUUAUCUCAAAGAACUACACAGAACCAUAGAGAUGGUAUAUUUGGUGAAGAGUUUAGAAAGAAAGUUAGGGAGAGAGAAGGAAGAGAACCUAUUGUACAUGACCUUGCAAACGAAAGUUUGCAAAAUGUCAUAAAAACUUACUUUGCAGACAAUGAACCGAGAAGGGAUGAAUAUUUAAGAAAACUCAAAUGGACAGUACCAAAUGAAAUGUUAGUAUUGAAAAACAUGUUCCUUGACAAAAUAAAACCAACUACAGAAAUAAAUGACGCAAGACUGAAACAUUGGGUAAAAGCUUUCCCAUUCACAAAAGAUAUUAUUGGUAACAUGGAAAGAAAACCAGAAUGGCUACAAAAACAUAUAUUUGGAAACGAGCUUAUUCCAUAUGGACAAGCUCUGUUUGAAGAGCUUGAACCGGAAACUCAGGAAAGAGUCAUGCAAACAAUACGCGAAGACUCAAAUACAAACUAUGACAAAAUCUUUCUAGGAUAUAG